CGCAGUGUUGUCUGGGCCGAGCGGGCGCUCGUCUUCCUUCCGUCCCAAGGCCCGGCUGGCCCAGCUCCGCCUCUGGCUCGGCCUCUCUCUCCUCCCCGGCCGUCCCUCCACCCAGCCGUUCCUCCCUCCCUCCUCCUCCUUCUCCUCGGUAGGGUGCUUCUCCAGCAGCCAGGCAGCAUGGCGGCCGUGGAGACACGGGUGUGCGAAACGGACGGCUGCAGCAGUGAGGCCAAGCUCCAGUGUCCCACCUGCAUCAAGCUGGGCAUCCAGGGCUCGUACUUCUGUUCGCAGGAAUGUUUUAAAGGAAGUUGGGCUACUCACAAGUUACUACAUAAGAAAGCAAAAGAUGAAAAGGCAAAGCGAGAAGUGUCUUCAUGGACCCUAGAAGGUGAUAUUAACACUGACCCAUGGGCAGGUUAUCGAUACACUGGUAAACUCCGACCACAUUAUCCGCUGAUGCCAACGAGGCCAGUGCCAAGUUAUAUUCAAAGACCAGAUUAUGCCGAUCACCCUUUAGGAAUGUCUGAAUCUGAACAGGCUCUUAAAGGUACUUCUCAAAUUAAAUUACUCUCAUCUGAAGAUAUAGAAGGGAUGCGACUCGUAUGUAGGCUUGCUAGAGAAGUACUGGACAUUGCUGCGGGGAUGGUUAAACCAGGUGUGACUACUGAAGAAAUAGAUCAUGCUGUACACUUAGCAUGCAUUGCAAGAAAUUGCUAUCCUUCUCCUUUGAAUUACUAUAAUUUCCCAAAGUCUUGUUGUACUUCAGUGAAUGAAGUGAUUUGUCAUGGAAUUCCAGACAGACGGCCCUUGCAAGAAGGUGACAUUGUUAACGUGGACAUCACUCUUUACCGCAAUGGUUAUCACGGAGACCUGAAUGAGACGUUUUUUGUUGGAGAUGUGGAUGAGGGAGCACGGAAGCUGGUUCAGACUACAUAUGAGUGCCUGAUGCAAGCCAUUGACGCAGUGAAACCUGGUGUUCGAUACAGAGAAUUGGGAAACAUUAUUCAGAAACAUGCACAAGCAAAUGGCUUUUCAGUUGUUCGAAGCUACUGUGGGCAUGGAAUCCAUAAACUUUUUCAUACGGCCCCCAAUGUACCCCACUAUGCCAAAAAUAAAGCAGUUGGAGUGAUGAAGGCGGGCCACGUAUUUACAAUUGAGCCAAUGAUUUGUGAAGGUGGAUGGCAGGAUGAAACCUGGCCAGACGGCUGGACCGCGGUGACGAGGGACGGGAAGCGGUCCGCCCAGUUUGAGCACACCCUGCUGGUCACGGACACUGGCUGUGAAAUCCUAACCCGGCGGCUGGACAGCGAGCGGCCUCACUUCAUGUCCCAGUUUUAAUUUUUUCUGAGUUGGCAGAUCUCAGCAGCAUCUUCUGGCUGUACUGUGCUUUUUAUUGAGAGUACAGAAUGGAAGAGGAAAUUUUUUAUUACUUGUUUUGUUUUGGCUAUAGGUAAGGAAAUACUACAGCAUUUGACAUGUGUCUUCAAGAACUUGUCUUGGGUCUGGAAAAGCCAAGAAGAAUAAAGGAAACGUUUUUCAACUCCUUUCAGUGUUUCCCCCGUGCGCCCUUCCCAAAUCUCUGCACUCUAUGUUUUCUCAUUUGCCCUUUGAGCACUUUUACUUAAACCGCUUCUAGUUGCUUUUAUCACUGCCACAACGGGGCCAGCAGGAGCCAGCUGCUUUCCAGAUAGAUGAAUGUGGAAGGUGAGAAUCCAUGAAACUUUAGCAACAUAUGUUGCCUCAGAUUUUUUUUUUAUUAUAUAGGAAAUGUAUAUGUAUACAUUUUAAAUUCCAUAUAUGUAAUUACUGAACACUAUAUGACCUGGGGUUUGUGUUGAUUCACUCCAACAGGGUCAUAAGCUGUCAUAAAUGGACCCACAGUGUGCAGUGAUUUAAUUCUUAACUGGGAAUUGGCCUCCCUCUUCCCCCAUGUUAAUUAUUUAUCCAUGUAGUUUUGUGUAAGGAAGCACUCAGUCAGACUCUGUGUCAGUGAAUGGAUGUGGCAAAAUUUACUCUGGAAAAAGGUUAUUAGGUUUUUCAAAAUCUAGUUUAUGGCAAAAAUAGUCAUGCUGCAAGUGGCAGUGGCUGUUGCAGAGCAUGAGGAUUUUGUAAUAUAUUGCUACGUCAGACCUCUCUUUGGUCAACAUGAGGGGAACAAAGUUCCCUUUCUUCUACUCUAUUUUAUUUCAAGGACACACGUUGGAGAUAUUCAGAGAAGGGUGGAGGUUGCACUGUGGAAGUUGAUUGGGAAAACCAGUUCUGGAAUCUCUCCAGCAGUGAGCAGAGUGAGUCAGCUGAGAUGCUAGCCUAUAACAUGUAGUAAACCUGGUUGUGAUGAGAAGGAAAACUCUUUGAAGACUGAACUGGUUCCCUGCAGUGGGGAUACAGCUGUCUUUGGAGUGCUGAAAACACACUUUACCUUUACAUCGCUGGGAACCUCAUUAGAAACGACCUCAGCUGCCCAGUAUCUAUGUUCCUUUCAGUAGUUCAGUCCAAAUGCGACUGUAUCGCUGAAGGCAUAUUAGAUCAAAGUCAUUGUCAUUAGAGUAUACUUGAUUACUGGGAUUCAGGUGACUUCUGUGUAAGAUAACUUGAUACCACUGACACGUUAUACUUGUACGAAAACAUCUUUCCCAGAGUGCCUCAGACCUUACUGCUUUAAAAGAAUUAUGAUAAUGUUUUCAUUUUAUUAUUUUAAUGAUUUAGUCAAGUGACCGAAUCUGGUAUAGACUUUUGGGGAUAUGCGUGUGAAGUUUUUUAUCAAACUGUAAUAUUUGUGAAUGGAAUGCCUUGCAAUAUGAAUAUUAAUAUAAUGUGUAAA